CCUCAGUGUUCAGCCACUGGCUCUCCUCUCCCUUCUGCAGGAAGUCGAGCGUGUUAUUCUUUCUACCCCCUCCUCCACCUCUCCUCCUCUCCUCCAUUCUUUUCUUUCCUCUUAGAGCCUGACAUCCCCAUUCACUCACACCAUUUCUCUCUGCGCAACUGCUCUCUCUGCCUCCUGCUCUGUCAGGCCAAAGAGAGAGAGAGAGAGAGAGAGCUGUGUCUGUGUUGUCGUGCCGUAGCCCAGACUGAGAAAGAGAGAGAGAGACAGAGGACGCUCGUGAGAGGAGGAACAGUCACUACAGUGCACCGAAGGAGAGCAAGAGGAGGAAGAAAGAAGAGAAGGAAAGGAGAGGCCCCCACUGUGGCUAGGAGAUCCAGGGGCAGCCAGGUGAGAACCAGCCAGGUAGAGAAGGAGAGGCCACCACUGUGCCUAGGAGAUCCAGGGAAAAGCCUGCUAAAACCAGCCAGGUAGAGAAGGAGAGGCCACCACUGUGCCUAGGAGAUCCAGGGAAAAGCCUGCUAAAACCAGCCAGGUAGAGAGGGAGAGGCCACCACUGUGCCUAGGAGAUCCAGGGAAAAGCCUGCAAAAACCAGCCAGACCAGGCGGUCAUGGAGGCCCAGGUGAGGGAUCUAUCCCUCCUGUCUCCCCUGGGCACCAACGAGUCCCUCCCUCCCCCCACCCUGACCCCGGCCGUACCCCCUUACGUGAAGCUAGGUCUCACUGUGGUCUACACUGUCUUCUACUCCCUGCUAUUCCUCUUCAUCUAUCUACAGCUGUGGAUGGUGCUGCGCUACAAACACAAGCGGUUCAGCUACCAGACAGUGUUUCUCUUCCUGUGUCUGCUGUGGGCUGCGUUCAGGGCCGUCCUCUUCUCCUUCUACUUCAGAAACUUUGUGACAGCCAACACACUGGGACCAUUCCCCUUCUGGCUGCUCUACUGCUGCCCUGUCUGCCUCCAGUUUUUCACCCUCAGCCUCAUGAACCUCUAUUUCGUACAGGUUGUGUUCAAGGCAAAAUCGAAAUAUGCACCAGAGCUUCUGAAAUACAGGUUUCCCCUGUACCUCCUCUUCCUGUCCAUCAGUAUGGUCUUCCUGGUAGUAAACCUGACCUGUGCCUUGCUAGUGAGGAUGAGCAGCACAAAGGCCCAGACCAUUGUACUGAUCAGAGUAGCCAUCAACGAUACGCUGUUUGUCCUGUGUGCCAUCUCCCUCUCCAUCUGCCUCUUCAAGAUCGCAAGGAUGUCCCAGGUUAAUAUCUACCUGGAGUCCAAGGGAACCUCAUUGUGCCAGGGGACAGCUAUAGGAGCCACAGUCACCCUGCUGUACACGUCCAGAGCCUGUUACAACCUGCUGGUUCUGGCCCUCACCAACGUUAAGAGCAUCAACUCCUUCGACUAUGACUGGUACAACGUUUCUGACCAGGCAGACCUGCAGUCCACCCUGGGGGACGCGGGGUACAUCGUGUUUGGGGUGAUUCUGUUUGUCUGGGAGCUGCUGCCUACCUCCCUGGUCGUCUACUUCUUCAGGGUCCGACAGCCCAACCAGGACAAGAGUGGGAUGGGACUCCCAGGACACGUCUUCUCGUCCAGGGCCUAUUUCUUUGACAACCCUCAACGUUAUGACAGCGAUGACGACCUGGUAUGGAGCAUCAUCCCUCACAACAAACAGGCCAGUUUGACAGCAGACAGCUAUGAUUGCAGCAGCAGCACAGCCCCGCCCCCAGAGGAGCUCAACCCUUAUUGAAGACUUCCUAUUGGUCCUGAACCUUAUUUAAGAGCUCGGAUUUGUUCCGGAACUUUUACAAGAGCUCCUAUUCGUCCGGAGCUCUUUUUGAAGUCUUCCUGAUGGCCCUGUCUCUUUUUCAUGCACACGCCCUCACUGAUGACCUCACACCCGAGGGCCUCGGAUCGAGACACGGGGGUGAAUAUCACCAUGGAUUUUAUUCAUUCUAUUUUCUACUAUUUUGAUAAAUAAAGUCUUUAGUAAAAAAGUUCAGACAUAUUUUCUGAAGGGCAGUAAGUAUUGAGAUGAUGGUCUUGGGGGGCAUGCAUAACUUUCACAAACAAAUAUGAAUAUGUAUAAAGGUUUAUAAUCAAGGUGUACAACAUUGGCAGGUAAGAGCUGAAUUGCACUUUACAGUCCAUCUGAAUAUGCAUUACCUUUAAUCCACUAUUUUAAAAACAUGUUUACUGUUUAGAAGCCAACAUGUCGUAUAAGAUAACUCAUAUACAGGUGUCUCCUAAUCGUGUAUGUAAUAUGUAUCCAUUUAUAUUCUCAAUGUCUCCUUUUCAUGUUUUUAACACAAGCCGCUAAAAUGGUUGACAGGCAUUAGAGAGGAGAUGUACUGUACAUGUGUUCUGGUCUUUACAAUCCUCUCUCACAUUGGAGUCUCCAUAAUAAAAACUAUUUUAUAAAACA